CCCAAGUGCUUCAUCCAAUAUGAUGUUUAUUCAUCUGACUAAAACCUUAUUUCUGGCUCUCCAAAAAAUCUAUCUUCCGCAAUGUCCUCUAAUCACAAAGGCAAAAAGUUAUGAAGUGCAAUAGAGGAUUGAGAGACAGGUAGAGGUAUGCACAAAGAGGGAGGUGCUGUGCAUCCUGGUGGUCCACUGCCAGAGUGACCACAGCAAAAUUGAUUCACUCUUGCUGUAUAAACAGAGAGCAACAGGAACAAAAGAGGCUUACGUCUGAAAUGCAGGCAUUUUUUCUUUGAGAUUAACUGAAAGCAGCAGACUGAAAAAGACGGAGAGUAAACACAAGAAUUGGACUGACCAAAAGGAAUUUAAUGUCUAAGAGAGUGAAUGGCUCAUGGAUGGGGUCUGUCUCUGUCCCAUCAUCCAUCCCUCAUGCCUUCCGCUCACAGCUAUCCCCAUCUGCUGACCUCAGCAUUGCCGUCUUCCUCAUCAUCACGGGCGUGGUGUCAGUAUUUGGGAAUGGGUUAGUUUUGUUGGUUUAUGGUCAGCGGAGAAAGAAGCUCAGAGCGCAUGAGUUGAUGACCAUCAAUCUGGCUGUGUGUGAUUUCGGCUACAGUCUGCUGGGGGCGCCAUGUAUCAUCAUCUCGAGUCUGUCCCAUGCCUGGAUUUUUGGCGAAACAGGAUGUAUAUGGUAUGGAAUUCAGGGCUUUGUUUUCGGGAUUGGAUCUCUCAUCACCACCUGCCUCAUAUCCCUUGACCGCUGCUUUAAGAUUUGCAGCUUUCGAUAUGGUCAGUGGGUUGAAAGAAAACAUGCCUCUCUAUCUGUCACUCUGGUUUGGAUCUAUACAUUGUUCUGGGCCUCACUUCCCAUGUUUGGCUUUGGUAGUUAUGGCCCCGAACCAUUUGGAACCAGCUGCACCAUAAACUGGUGGAGGAUGAACUCAUCACUUACUGAUAGAAUCUAUAUAUUCCUGAUCCUGUCCCUCUGCUUUGGAGUUCCUACCCUCAUUAUCAUCGCCUCAUACCUUGCUAUCGUAAUCAGGGUGUAUUGGUCUAGUCACAUUUUGGCUUCAAUCCCUUCAUCAAACGUCACUCACAACAGCAAAGAUCUUCGACUGACAAAGAUCGCGGCAGUGGUGUGUUCCUCAUUUCUGAUUGCCUGGACUCCCUAUGCGAUUGUUUCACUCUACUCUGCUGUUAUGGCCAGAGAGGAACAGCUUGGGGAAGAUGGGGGAACGGCCAUCCCGGGUGGAAUAACAGGAACAGGGAUUGGCCGUGGUGGAGGGUUCCCUGACGUCUAUGCUUUUCCCUUCCUCAUUAACUGGACCUCUUCAGAGCAAUUCGGAGAUGUUUUUGGCUCCUGGAGGAACAUGACUUCAGGUCAUUCUCAUUCAGUAGGGCAUCAUGGUUCAAAUGUAGGUUCUGGACAUGGUGGAACAGGUGGACACCACUCACUUCCUGAGUCCAUCUUGAAACCAGAGUUCUCACUUAUCCCUGCUAUUUUUGCCAAGUCUCACUGCAUGAUAAACCCCUUCAUCUACCAGAUCAUGAACCGCGACUUCAGAGAGGACGUGUAUGACCUCCUGUGCAUGCGAGGAAAAGAUGGAGAGAGAAGGAGGUCAAGAAGCACAGAUGGAAGUGAUUCUGAUGGGCAUCGUGGGAGCGUCACUCUCUCUUAUAUUCACAGCUGGAGGAGAAGAAGCACACCAACCAAUCAGCCAUCCGAAAAAUGUGUGAAAAAAGAGUCCUCUCGUAAGAGUAGAGGAAAAAGAGGGUCCUGUCAGGAUAAUAAUUCCAUUGGGUGGGCAACCUUAGAUACAACAACCUUAGACACACAGGUCAACUUAGAAAGAGAGAAAGGGAAAGAGGUGGAAAUAGAAACCCAAAAAGUUUUCAAAGAAUCCUCUUCCAGCAGCUUGUUGACAGUCAAAGAGUGAUGCAUGCAUCUAAAUACUCAGACUUCAGAGUGUGCAGUUUAUGCAGUUAGUUACAGGUAGUUCAAAGUUGUAAGCUAUCUAAGUUAAGUAUUAUUAAGUCUAUAUUAUGUGUUAUGUUUUAGUUAAAUAGUUUUUUUACCCAGUAAAUGUCAUGUCAUGUUUUUAGUCAUUUACAUAUUUAUUUUUUGAUCCUGUGUUUAUAUGUAAAGGCCACACUUAUUUAUUUAUUUAUUUAUUUAU